AUGCCCAAGACAAGACAUACCAAGCCGCUUCCCAGGCCCAAUACCAGGCAGCAAAGUUACUCCUGCGCACGCGCUGAGGAUUCGUCCAAGCGUCGGCUUCUCCCUCACAAGGUUCUUGCUAGGAUUUUCACGCUAGCCGAUUGUUCUUCGGCCAUCCUUCCUCCAGCACCAUGGGACAUACGACUAAUCCUCUCCCUCGUCUGCUCCGAAUGGAAAGCCCUCGUCUUCUCGACCGAAACUCUCUGGAACAAAGUCAUUUUUGCACCCCAACUCGCCAAUUCUCGGAACCUCCCCCGCAUCAAAGUCUUAAUCGACACUUGGCUGUCUCGGAGCGGGAACACACCAAUACGCCUCGAUGCGCUCGCGGACCCCAUGACUGGACUAUUCCGCUCAGAACCCCUCAAUCCCGAGUUUUUUGGCCAGAUAUUCGUGCCUUUGCUAGCGAGGGCAAGCAUUGUCCUGUGCCGUCUCGAUAUAUCUACUCUCCCGUCGUUCCUGAACCUCCCUCCAGGUACCUUGUCCCCCAAGCUGGAGAGCAUAAGAAUCAUUACGACAGGGAAUCCCAUGCAUGGAGCCGAAAACGUGCCUAUCACGAUCUUCGAAGGCUCAUCAAUCCCAAAACUCAGAUCCGUCGAGUUUUCUCUCAAGAAUCGGAACCCACUGGAUACCUUCCUUCCCUGGGGCCAACUGACAAACCUGAUGUUGAGCGAACCGAUCUCUUCUACGACGUGCAUGACACUACUGCACAAGACUUCAUCUUCCCUCGAAACCUGCUCCCUGAAAAUCGAGUUCUCCGUGCCCACUUCCGUUUCUCGACUCACGGAUCCGUUGUAUAAAGUCAGGAUGCCGAAAUUGCGGUACAUAAGCUUCUCGCUAGUGAACCCGCAAAACGACCCGCGGAUGUUCUUCCUCCUCAAAAUUCCCGCCUUGACAGUCGCAUCCAUCACAUUGCACGACAAGCAGGGGUGGUCGUUCGCACCCUUCACUUUCCUCUUCAAACACUCGAAAAAAUUACAACAUCUUCAACUUAGAAAUCCUCCGUACAGCUAUUUCCUUCGAAAGCUAUACCCAGACAUCGACAAUCUCCUCGCCGCCGUUCCAAGCAUCCAGAAACUCAGUCUACCUCUCGCGAUAAUCCUGGCAAACUCAACACUCUCCAAAAUCGGGGAAGGCGAGCUCCUGCCACGAUUGACCGAAGUGGAUCUAGAUAUGCAACCCGACUUGCCGCGCUUUAUUCGGCUGCUCGCGCGGAGGAAUGUAUUGUCCGACGAGGCGUGGGCGCGUCCUGGGUCAUCAAAGUGCAGGAAAUGGCCUUUGUCGCCAGUGGUGAAGGUGUCGGCUGGAGCGCCGUGUGAGAAAUGCCCUGUCGAUUGGAAGACAGCGGAGUGGCUGAUAGCUCGCGGUGUUGUGCUCGUGCCUCGAAAAUCGAAGCAAUUGCCCCCUUGGCAUACGCAUCCAGAGAAGUGA